UUGUGUUUAUUAUCAGCGAAUGGUAUAACACGGAACAAGUAAUGGUUAGCUUUUACUUGAUGAAAAUCCAUUUAUCAAAAUAAAUAAGAACUAAAAGUUCAGAUUUUCACGAAAUCAUAUAUUUUUACAUGACAAUUGUUUCGACACCACUGUGUCUUUAUCAAAUGUACUAGUUACAAACUACCUGCUACUAUAUAUACCGAAAAAUGACAAUAAAACCUUAAUUAAUGUUGUAAGAAUUUAAGUAACACCAUUGUUGCUCUAAACACUUUAGCAAACCCGCACUCUCUAUUCAACUCUAUAAAAACGUUCCUGUUCCACGCAGUAUGUGGUCCAGCAUUUCCAUGCAUGUGAAUGAAAGCAUGGUUCGCUUGUGUCGCAUAUGGAAGAACUAUAGGUUUGAACAUGUCUUCAUGAUACUGAUUUUCCGUUAAAAACGCCCCGAUUUCCUAAAUUACAUUUCCAGGCGUUCUCCAAACUCUUCUUCUUUUCGAGUCCGGCCUUAAUCCGAAUCUUCAUUACGGAUAUUUUGGGGCUCCAUUCUUAUUUCUAUGCAUUUGAAUGAAUCUAUCAUGAAUUCACAGUUUCUGCUGUGACCCUAUUAUCAUACCCCCUUGCAAGAUGGUGACGGUACAUCGCACAACAAUAAUUUGGAGAUCUUACCUUUUUUUUUUAAAAUGACUGAAAAGGAAUGUAUCCAAAGCAAAAAUAGUGUUUAGGCUUGUCCCCUAUUUAGUUUUGAUGUGUAUAUAUUUGCGAUGAUGAAUGAUGGUGUUUGCUCAUAAAUUUAGUAGUUACAAGAAAAGUACGUGUCAGAUUGCGAAUUUCAGGAAUAAGAAAUUCUACGUCGAAACUAACCAGAAUAUCGUUUAAAUCUAAUGUAAUGUUAUUUUUUUCAGUUUCUGUUUCAUUCAUUUUUUAUUUUGAUUAAAGGAAAAUAUGUGAAUGACGGCAACGCUGUGCCGCUCGAGCUCGGGAACUAAAAGUUUAUACGAUACGAGCUAUAACGUGUUCUCUUUCAUUUCUACGGCUUUUAAUCUUAACUCGUGGUACCCUCGUAUAUGGGACAAAUAUUUUGGGCCAUCGAUCGCCUGGUCGAACCGCAUAGCAUCCAAAAACUUUUUUACGUUAGCGCGUAAACCUCAAAACCGACUUUGGCUUACCGAAAAACCGAAAACUAGACGCGAAAAACAAAAAAAAAACAUUUUUUUUUCCAAUGACUCGUUUUUUUUUCGCAACAAAAAGAGCCGCCGAAAAUUUUCAAAUAAAAAGAAAAAACGCAAAAAUCGAGACACGUCAGUUCACUUUAUACGUCAACGGAAACCAUGGAUGACUUGAUGAACGUCUCUUCCAUGUUUUACCCGCAGAAUGGCUACGGGGAGAAUCUGAACGAAUACACGGAAUGUUUCAAGCAAGUGAUCAAGGAGAGAGAGAACGUCAGGAUACCUUUCUAUCACCAAUCGCCGCAGCUCGCUUACAGGCCCUACCUGAUCGAAUACCUUAGACGGCUAUGUAUGGACAAAAAGUUCAGCCACUGUUGUCUGCACUUGGCAGUGUACAUUUUGGAUACGUUCAUGGACUGCCACAACGUCGAGCCAGGCAAAAUUUUGCUGCUCGCCAACGUUUGCCUACUCCUGGCCGCCAAAUUCGAAGAAAACAUCGGGAAGAUCCCGAAAAUAUCGGAAAUCAACGCGGCCGUGUUUUACCGGUACUCGUUGAGAGAGUAUAGGAAUUUGGAGGUUAUGGUAUUGCAAUAUUUCUCGUGGUACAUAAUGUUCCCGACGGUGGCGCACUACGCGCAUUAUUACAUGCAACUGGCCACGGCGGACGAAGAAGAAUCGAGUUUGCAUAACGUCAACCAGAAAGCUGUCCUCACGCAGCGCUUUCAACACUUUGUGACCAAUUAUUUAAAUCAAAUCAUCGACAACAUCCAUUACAUGCAAGACUUCAAACCGUCUAAGUUGGCGGCGGCCGUGAUAGCCGCCAGCCGCCUCCACAUGGGCCUCAAAGUUUGGACCCCGCAACUUGAACGUAUGACCGAUUACACCAUACAGGACGUAAAUGACCUGCUCCUGACUAUCAUGAUCAACAGAUUUUUCAACAAAAUCAACAACUCGCUGCCUUCGAACAGGUUGUGCACCUCCCGCCAAAACUACUGCACGAGAUGCAGCGUCAUGAGUUGUCCCAAGUGCAAUUUUCUACAGAAAAUCAACUAUUGAACGGAUAUCUUAUUAAACUUUCGUCGACCAAACCGCGUUUUCUUCC